CUGUCAAGCUGGCUGACUCUGGCCUCUUUGCUCAGCUCACCCCUGAGCAGAGUCGACGGAGCUCAGUGGCCAGCACUUCUGGGUGGAUGGCGCCUGAAGUGGUGACAGGUCAACCAUGUGGCCCCAAAGUGGACAUAUGGUCUCUUGGAAUCGUGGGCAUCGAAAUGGUGGAACGAGAAGUUCCUUACCAGUAUGAAACUCCUGUUUCGCCUCAACUCCUGAUAGCCAGAGGAGGGAGACCAAAGCUGCGGCAGCCCAACCGAUGCUCGUCUUGCCUGCGUGACUUCUUGAGCUGCUGCCUGCAGACAGACGAGGCACGGCGCUGGUCUGCCAAGGAGCUCCUGCAGCAUCCAUUUGUAACAUCAGCCAAGCCAGCGUCCACCCUGGUACCACUCAUCAACUCAGUGAAGAAGGAGAAGAAGAAGACAAGAAGAGUCAAGAUAUUAUCUCCAUAACCAAGUUAGAGUAGGAUUGUAGAGUAGGACUCUAGAGUAGGAUUGUUGAGUAGUUUUGUAGUAUAGGUUUAUAGAGUAGGAUUGGAAUUAAAUAAAGUUUCUGAAGCAUCAA